AUGAGCCUGAGUACGUCGAGUGCUUCGAAGGCCAACGUUUCGAACCAUCAAGCUGUGAUUAUCGACAAAGCCACUAUUCACUACAAGCUACAAGCCGACUGCAAGUCCGAACGAGCAAAGCAAAAGGUGGAGAACAUGAUUCCGACAACGACGAAGGAUUUUGGUGGAAGUCCCGAUUAG